UUGAAUUAUUUUUUUUCUCCGUCUGGUCAUAAAAUAGCCAUGUGCGAAGGUUGGAAAGUUCCGGUAUCAGGCGUUACGAGCCGUACACUACGCUCAUGAAUUUAUGGCACUUGUAAGUGCUACGGAUUCCAUCAAAUUUUAUAUGAUACGUAUACUCCGUAAUAAAUAAUAUUAGAUGGUAAAAUUUGCAUAUGACAUUCAGCCGUAACGAGUAAGUGUGUCAUCUAUACAAAUACGGAUGGUUCUUCUAGAAAAAAGAAAUAAAAUAAAAAAAAAAAAUAAAAAAAAAAAGAAUUGAGUCGAUUAAAAUGGUUGAAAAAGUGAUUUACGGCCAGAAAUAUGUAUUAAUGGAGUGAGCGGCCGUGUGUUAAAAUCCGAGAGACUGGAUGCCCUAUUAGCUUAUCGGAAAUCUGCAGAAUUUCUGGGCGUAUGCACACGAUGGGUACACAAGUUGCACGGAAAAAAGGUGGACUCAAAAUCGCGGCAUUCAAGGUUUUCAAAAAACUGAAAAUCACCGAGCAUUCAAAUAUUAGGUCAAAUUUAAUUCAUCGAGUCUGCGCUAUGACGACGGCGAUCCUCCUUAUCAAUGGAUCCAUAUUCAUCUUCAUCUUCGACGACCGUCAAGCCGAAUUCCUACGCUCACGCGCCGAUGAGAUAUUAAAAUGUUAAUACGACCCACAAAGAAUUUUCAGUUUCGGCGUCGAAAACAAAUGUCGAAAUUUUCUCGUGAAUUAAAAUAAUAAAAAUAUAAUAAAUAAAUAGAUAAAUAAAUAAAUAACGAACGAACGAACGAACGUCGUUCGACUAGAGCAAUCUAAUGCAAGAGUUACGCCAGUAUGGUGGUCGUCAUUAUGGUCGCGUAACAUUUUUGACAGCGAAUGACCAGGUAUACAUGUAUAUCUGUAUAUAUUGUGCGUAAGUUUCUAGCUAUAUAUAUACGCAGGUGUCGUCGGGAUUCAAGAAGACGGACACAAUAUAUUCCACCGCGUCCGUUACGACCGUGAUUUUUGUCACUCGAACAAAUCCAGAAUUUCUAUGCUCAUUUUGUGCGAUAUGCGUCAAGUUUCACAGAGAUAUUUGUAGAGCCGUAAUAAAUUCAGAGAAAAAGGACGGAAGAAAAAACUAACGUACGAAAUAAUAACGAUGUUGAUACAAGCUGUACGAAAAAGGGAAGAGGAAAAAAAAACAGAAAAAAGAAAAAAAAGAAAAAAUUGUACACGAAUUUUACAUGCGGCGAGCGAAAUUUCAUCCGGUUGAAAAAUAUAACAACUCGGACGGUGUAACAAAUUGGUGGAAGCGAUCGCUAAUGGCUAUACUUAUGCGAACGUUAUUAAUGGACGAUAAAGUAAGGCACGUCAACGGGGUAGGAACAUAACGAGACACGGGGGGGCCCCGAAUGAAAACGUGGAAGUGAAAAGGUCCCCGCUAUAUAUUAUUUCGCUGCUCCCGAGGACCGGGUGGAUUGCAUAAAGGCCGCGGAGAUUUCGAAACCGGAAACUGACGCCGUUUUUACGCGGUUAUGCCCCGCCUGAGUUUUGCCACCGUGCACGUGUACUCGUUAUAUGUAUAAUGCUCGGUGCCCGCUUCUACAUAAAUUGUUACAUAUUAUAUCGUACGAUGUGGAGCGUCGCUCCGUUACGCAAAAUACACGACCGGAGCUGCGAUGUGUAACUCUUAGUUUUUUCUGAAGUUUUGAAAUUUUUACGGGCACCAGAUCUCCGUAAGAGUUGGCAGCGCUGAUGCUGCUGCAGUUGAAAUUUUUGCUUGAAAUCCAUCCCGAAGGUAUAACCGGGCAUUUUUUGCGAUAAAAUUAUGAAAGGAAUAUUCCGCAGAACUUUUUCCGUUUUUUGGGUAGGCUCCGUACUUUUUUUUGUCAAAAUUAUUACGGGAUUCGAAAGUCGAAAAUUACUGGAGAAUGAACGGAGGAAGCGGCGUCAAUCUUGUUUUUUUUUUUUUUUCUGUGGCAAAAAAUGUCUGGAGAUGAUCGCAGCGAGUCGACGAUCGCACCCCAGGGGUAGCGGAGUUUCUGUGGAAAAAAUAAAAACUGGCGAAAGAUGAAGGGCGAAACAAUGAAAAUAAGGGAAAGUCGUUGCCAGGAUGUUGUUGAUAAAGAAAGGAAUUUUCAUCAGUCGCGACAUCAAACUCGGCGAGAACGUUCGUUAAAAAUAAGAACAAAAAAAUCUUUUUUUUAUUUUUAUACUUAAAUUCUUUGCCGAAACGACAAAUCUACAUCACAAGACACGCCCUGAUGCCAUGUAGAAGUUUGGAAAUUUCAAUAUAAGAACCGAUGCGCGUAUUUUGACUCUAUAGAAAACCCUCCUUUGGUGAAAUUUCGAAAAAAUGGUAGCGAAAAAAGGACCUCGAAGUACUACGAGCGCACUGGUCGUCUCGGCUAUCCGGAAGUUGCGGGAUGUCCAGGGAACCAGUUCCCGGGAAAUCGUGAAUUUCAUAUCCUCAAAGUACGAAGUCGAAGCUCCGAAACUCAAGCGCCAUGUCCAGAUGGCCCUCCGGCGUGGAAUAUCCUACGGGAUUAUCCACAAAGCGAAGGGAGGUUACUCGCUGUCGAAUCCCAAGGAAUUCUCCUUGAGUUGCGACUCCCUCGUUGAUCGCAGCAGGGGAGGACGAUGUGGGCACAAGAAGCGCAGGAGGAGCAGGAGGAGCAGGGGAUGCCGACCGAAGAAAUCGAGGUGCGCCAAGAAACGCCGGAGGAUGAGGUGCGCGAAGAAACGUCCCAGCUGCAGGAGGAAGGCGAAGAAACGCUGCGGUGGUCGGAAACACGCGACCGGUGAGGACGAGAUGGACCAGAUGGUGAUGUCUUUGGGACGCAGCGUUCAUAGAAAAUCCGGGAGAAUCGGACGUAGCAAAUUCCAGGAUCGAAGCAGAACCAGGAGCAAAAGCCCCAGCGACCGCUCUUCGAUAAUGUCAUCCACGGAGAGUACGCCGCUGGACAACCCCACGCAGUAGUAGACGGAAACGAAAAUAGAAAAAUUCAACCCUCGAUCGGCUGCUCGGAUUUAGCCCAGGGAUUCUUCGGAUUAAAUCCGUCCAGUCGAUGAGAUUUUCGUGCUGCGAGGUUGAGCCGAUGGCGAAACCGUUCUUCUCGACGAGCCUGUGAAUUGUUCUGCGCGACGCCCAUAUUCCCUCCGGAAUGUAGCUGCGGAAGAGCAACGCGUCAAAAUUUCAAACAUACGUACCAUUUUUUUUUUUUCCUUUGCUAAUCAUUAACUAUACAGAGAUGUCGUCGACCGUUUUGAUUUUUACAAAUAUUUUUAUAUCCCCGUGUAUUUGGUAUAUUUCAAUGUUAUUUUUUAUCGUCCACAUAUUCAGUUUGUAAUAAAAUCAUGCGAUUCCAUAAUCGA